UCACUUAAUCAAAUUUCUUUAUUAUGUUGAAAUACCACAAUACAAAGACGUUUCUCUGGUGCUGCUCACUUCGGUAGUUCAUGUUCAAUAAAAUCCGGAAUUUCAAAACUUUUCGAACCAUUGUUUCAAAUGGACACUCUGUCAUCGCACUUGACGGCGCCGGGCCGAUCCCGGAGUUCACAAUCUCCAUCACCGUCACAUUCUGCGUCGGCCUCAGCAACUUCGUCAAUCCACAAGCGCAAGAUGGCAUCUGAUGACCACGCGCCGCCGUUCCCGUCCUCUUUCUCUGACACUCGCGAUGGUGCUCUCACCUCCAACGAUGACUUAGAGAGUAUCAGUGCCCGCGGUGGCGAUGCUGAUUCCGACUCCGAAGACGACUCCGAAGAGGUCGGCGAUGAUGACGAGGAAGAUUAUGAUGCUUCUUCCAUGCGUAAUUUCACUGCGUCGCGGUUGGAGAAUAGUGUGGCUAUGGUACCGUCAGGGAGGAACACUAAGCUUAAGAGGGAUAACUCGGUGAAAAUUGAGUCGUCGGAAGUAGUGAAAGAGGGUGGCACUGGUUGUUGCGGUAAUGUUGCGCCACCUACAGCUACUGUUCCUGUUUCAGGGGCGUUGGUGAAGGAUGAGAGUAUGAAGAACAUAUUUACUGACAAUUUGCAGACUAGUGGUGCCUAUACUGCAAGGGAAGAGAGCUUAAAGAGGGAGGAGGAAUCAGGAAGACUCAAGUUUGUAUGUGUUUCAAACGAUGGCAUUGAUGAGCAUAUGAUUUGGUUAAUAGGAUUGAAGAAUAUAUUUGCAAGGCAACUCCCAAACAUGCCUAAGGAAUAUAUUGUCCGUCUUGUGAUGGACAGAAACCAUAAGUCUGUAAUGGUCAUCAGACUUAAUCUGGUGGUUGGUGGUAUAACAUAUCGUCCAUAUGUCAGCCAGAAGUUUGGGGAGAUAGCUUUUUGUGCUAUUACAGCCGAUGAACAAGUUAAGGGCUAUGGCACUAGACUGAUGAAUCACUUAAAGCAGCAUGCGCGCGAUGUGGAUGGACUGACUCAUUUUCUAACAUAUGCUGACAACAACGCUGUUGGUUACUUUGUCAAACAGGGAUUCACGAAAGAGAUUUAUUUAGAGAAAGAGUGUUGGCAAGGGUAUAUUAAAGAUUAUGAUGGUGGAAUCCUUAUGGAAUGCAAAAUAGAUCCAAAGCUUCCAUAUACGGAUUUAUCUACUAUGAUACGUCGUCAAAGGCAGGCAAUUGAUGAAAAGAUAAGGGAGCUAUCAAAUUGUCAUAUCGUAUACCCAGGAAUUGAUUUUCAAAAGAAGGAAGCUGGCAUUCCCAAAAAGGCCAUCAAGGUUGAGGAUAUCCCAGGCUUGAGGGAGGCUGGAUGGACUCCUGAUCAAUAUGGUCAUUCUCGGUUCAAAACAGUGAACUCCUUGUCAGAUCAGAAGUCCUUGACUGCAUUUAUGCGCUCACUCCUGAAAAUAAUGCACGACCAUCCUGAUUCUUGGCCGUUCAAAGAACCUGUUGAUGCACGGGAUGUUCCCGAUUAUUAUGACAUCAUCAAAGAUGCAAUAGAUUUAAAAACAAUGUCGAAGCGUGUUGAGUCGGAGUUAUAUUAUGUGACAUUUGAUAUGUUUGUGGCGGAUGUCAGAAGGAUGUUUGCUAAUGCUCGCACCUACAACUCUCCUGAGACCAUAUACUACAAAUGUGCAACCAGGCUUGAAUCACAUUUCUCAAACAAAGUUCAAGCUGGUCUACAGUCUAGCAUAAAGAUUCAGUAGGAAGUCUUUAUUAGCUGUUUAGGUUGGUUCUGGUUCUGUCUUUAUUAGCACUUGAAUCUCGUCAUGACUGAUGCCAUACCUUAUCAUCCCUCCCAUGUAUAGACCCGAAGGUGGAUAGAGUGUAUUUAUUUGUAUAAUUUGUACACUAAAUAGAUGUGUAAUAGUUAUUUUAUUUUAAUGUGAAGUUCUUAAUUAAGGGCCCGCUUGGUUAUGCGAUUUGAAA